ACCCACCCCCUGUGCGCCCCCACUGAAUCUCCGCUGUCCCAUCCGCCGAAGAAACCUGCCUCUCCUUCUCGCGGACGCUGCCGGCGUCUAGCAAUUUGGAGGGCCAAGGAGCCGAGCUGAGCACGCGUCGAUCUGGUCACUGUGUUGUGGAGUUUGGUUGUGCACUUGUGCCUUGAGCGGAGUCGGUCGGGCGGGCGGUCGAUCCGAAGGAGAGAUGGGCAAGUCGUGGGCACUCAUCACCCACCUCCACACCGUCGCCGGGCCGAGCAUCACCCUGCUCUACCCACUGUACGCGUCGGUGUGCGCGAUGGAGAGCCCGACCAAGGUGGACGACGAGCAGUGGCUGUCCUACUGGAUCAUCUACUCCUUCAUCACCCUGCUCGAGAUGGUCGCCGAGCCCGUGCUCUACUGGAUCCCGAUCUGGUACCCGGUGAAGCUGCUGUUCGUGGCGUGGCUGGUGCUGCCGCAGUUCAAGGGCGCCUCCUUCAUCUACGAGAAGCUCGUCAGGGACCAGCUCAGGAAGUACCGCGCCAGGCACCUCCGCAUGGGCGCCGCCGCCGCCGACGACGAUCAGAAGGUGCACAUAGCCAAGACUGAACACGACCAUGUGCAGUGAAGCCGGCGAGAUCCGGCAGAGACCAGCAACGACUUCUCUGCAGAUGAUGCUGUUCAUGUGCCCUAGAUAUCGCUGCCUCUGGAGGACCGGCGCACCUUCCUUUGGCGUAUCAUGUAUCUGAUCGAACUCUCAAUGUGUAUGUACUGUAGCCCCCGUAGUUGCACGAACUGCUUCUGCAGUAAGAACGAUAGGAUGUAAUGUUCGCGUAUCCCAUCAACUUGAGUGUUAAACUUCUGUA